UAUGGUCCAUCUCGAACACUUUUCAUGUGACUGUGGGGGCCCUAUUUUACUGCCAAUUCAAAAAGGGCCGCUUGAAGAAUUAGCAUAAGACUAAUCUAAUCUGUCUACACGAAACAUGGCCUCGAGAACCCGACUGUCAGUGGCAAUGACAGGAAGUGAGAUCAUUGCUGCUUUGACGUCACACUUACUGCUGACGUCAUUCGUGUGGCAUCUGUGCGCGUCAGUGACGUCGCCCACGUCCUCCUACCCGCUCCGGCUCCCCGCUGACGUCACCAUCGUCUCGCUGGAGCCUUCAGAUCUGUCCUGGAACUUCGCCCGCCCCAAGGUGCUUCCGGCCAUGGACCUGGCUGUGGAGAGGCUCAAUCUGGAACACCAAGGCGCCAUCCGGUUUAAGCUGGUCAGCAGGGAGGGGAGCUGUGAGAAAGGAGGGGUGGGUGUGGCGGCCGCCAAGAUAAGCUGUCAGUACAACAUCAGCGUCUUUGUUGGACCAGCAUGCAGCAGAGCGGUGGAGAUCCUUGCCUACAUGGUCAACGACUGGAAUGUGCCUCUCAUCACCCCAGUGGGCAACACCGAGAACAUUGGAGACAAGAGCCUCUUCCCUCGCCUCACACGCAUCAACCCCCUGAUGCAGUCCUCCAUCGUGGACAUGGUGUUCUGGAUGCUGGACCAGUACCGGUGGGAAAGUGCAGUCUUCUUUUACGACAUUGAAGAUACCAUGGGAGACCUAUUUGGAGUAACAUUCACUAAAGCUUUUCAACAAAGGUCGAGCUAUACUUGGACGGGAUAUCUACUGGCGGGAAAGUCAACCACCAGAUCGGUCAUCAGAACCAAGUUGAUGGAUGCGGCCACACGAUCCAGAGUGUUUCUGAUGUGCCUGACCGGGUCAGUGCUUCGGGACUUCUUUCUGGAGGCCCACAGCCUCGGCUUCAGCAGGUCUGGAGAGUUUGUCUUUAUCAGCAUGAUCAGCUUAGCGACGGUUGCUACGGACGAUGUCACGUGGCAACUGGGGAAUGGGACCGUGGAACAAAAGGUGUUGAAAGACUCUAUGGCGCACGCUCUCUUCAUGCACAUUGACAUCACCGAGUUGAUUCUACCCAAUAAUUUCUCCAACGAAAUGAUACGACGCUCACUAGUGGACUACGGCUAUAAUUAUUCUAACGACAAGCCUACUAUUACUCUGUCUCAGUAUUACGACGCUGUUCGGAUCUAUGGCACUGUCCUGGCAGAAACCAUUGACAAGGGAGGCAAUCCUUUUGAUGGAUUGAGUAUUACAAAGCAGAUGUGGAACAGAACAUUCGAUGGUCUAUUAGGUCCAGUCACGGUCAAUAAAGAUGGUGACCGCUACUCUGACGUCACCAUCACUGCCAUCAAUCCGAACACUGGACUGUUUCAGAAAUAUGCCGUCUAUGUCUCCCAAGAGAGAGCUCUGCACUUCUUCAACAGCACAUCUUUCCCAUGGCCGUUGAACAAUGGAGUGACACCUGCCAACGAACCAAAGUGUGGCUUCAAGGGAGAUCUGUGCUCUAAUUCAGAAAAAUCUCAGGUGAUUGGCGGUCUGGCGGGCUUUUUUGGUGCAGCGGUUAUUGUUGGCGGGAUAGUCAGUCUGGUCAUGUUCAGAAGAUGGAAGAAGCAGAGUGAACGAGACCUCUGGUGGUGGAAAAUUGACCCAGCAGACAUCUUUCUAACUGACCGGAAGUUUUCUCACUCCGUGUUGUCCUUCUCGUCAAAGACCAAUCUAAGAGGGUCAAGGUCAGAGAAUGAAGACAUAGCAACAAAUGAUGACCUCCUGGCAGUAUUCAGAGGUCAAGUUGUGAGACUCAGGCCACUACCAAUACACCAUAUCAAGAAAACUGACCAGCUGUUGGCCGAGUUUAAAAUGGUACGAGAUUUAAGCCACGCCAACGUCUUAAAGAUAUUCGGCGCGUGCCUUGAGGAGACACUGCACGCGCUGGUCAUCGAGCACUGCAGUAAAGGAUCUUUACAGGAUCUGCUCAGCAAUACCAACGUCUCGCUGGACGCACAGUUCAAAUUUUCUUUGUGCACUGACAUCAUCAACGGUCUGUGUUUUCUCCACAAAAGCCCCAUCAAAUGUCACGGACGUUUGACCAGUGAGACAUGUCUUGUGGACAACAGAUUCUCAGUCAAGUUGUCGGACUUUGGACUACCUACCCUGUACUCUAGCUUCAUAGAGGAUGUCACCACUCAGCCGUAUAAAUAUGCUUGUCUGUGGAAAGCGCCUGAAAUUCUACGCUCUGGGGACAGACGAGGUCAACCGGAAGCAGAUAUCUACAGUUUCGCUAUCAUCAUGGCAGAGGUCAUCACAAGAGACUGUCCCUAUGGCAAUGAGUUUCUCUAUCUGUCGCUAGAAGAAAUUUUGGAGAAGGUCCGACAAAUGACCAACACUCCGUUCAGGCCAGUGGUGGACGUGCCUGUCAAGAUGGUGGACAUGAAAACUUUGAUGGAGAAAUGCUGAUCUGAGAAUCCCAAAGAAAGACCCAAUGCCCAGACUGUGAAAUCUUACAUUAGGAGAAUAGCAUCGUCACUGGGAGAAACUGGCAACUUCCUGGAUAAUUUGAUGCGACGUAUGGAGCUGUAUGCCAACAAUCUGGAGAAAAUGGUAGAAGAUAAAACAGUAGAGUUGAGAGAAGAGAAGAAGAAAUCAGAAGAGUUGCUGU